ACGUGACGUGCCGACUCGGAGCCGAGCGAGGUUUCCUGGCGGAGCUGCAGAGGGAGCAGGAGCCGAGCGGGUCUGUCUGUCUGUCUGUCCGUGUGUCUGUCUGCCGCCGCAGUCUCUGUCUGUCUGGGACACAAAACCCCCCUUUUCGGCUUCCACAGUCCGCACACGGCAUCAGCGGCUAUGGAUCCAUCGCUGUCCUCCUCCUGUUUUCGCCACUGAGGGACCGUUGGAUGCUCCAGUGCCCAUAGAGGAGGGAAGGAGGAGGAGGGGGCAUCCCUGUCGUUCUUCGACUACCAGGACCCAAUCGUGGACAAUAAAUCAGAGACGGGAGGUGUUUGUCGUACCGAGGGCCGCAGCGGCGAGCCGGCUUCUGAAAUAUCCAGCGGCUGCUCCUGUCAGCCAUUGUUUUUGUUGUCAUUGGAGGGCUCACAUUUGUUUUCCAGCCCUGGAUCUGCCCAGUGAAGGUGUAUGUGUGAGCUGUGCAUCGAGGGAACAUGGACAGUCUUUCACACCUUGUAUCCUUACAGCUCAUAGUGCUGAUAUGUCAAUGAUCACUGUCAGUACAGGGAAUGCUGACUCACCGCUGGAGCGCCUGAACACAGAAGAAGAAGAAGAAGAAGAAGAAGAAAGAGUUUGAGGGAACAAGAGCGCGAGGAACAGUGUACAACAGAGAGCGAGAAGGAAGGAGGGAGGGAGAGAAGCAAGAAAGGUGAAGGAGGUGAGGAACACUAGGAGGAGGGAGAGACAGACGACAGCAAAGAGAAAGUCAAGUUGGGUCGGCAAGGUGAGAGGAGGAAAGAGAAAGUGAUCGUAGAAGAGAGAGAAAGGUAGAGAGAUAGUAGAGACAGAUAGGGACCAGCAGGGUGCAGCUGGACAGAUCUGAGGUCAGGUGGGCGCAGGUAGGUAGGAGGUCGAGCAGUCAGACCAACAGCUGACUGAGCUGCAGACAAAUCCACUGUCCCGCUACCCCUCCAACAACUGUCCCUUCACGGUCACCACACUGGGAGAACUGGGAGAACUGGUGACGAGGAGAAGCCACCAUGAGCGACCAGAACGUCGUCAAGGAAGGCUGGGUCCAGAAAAGAGGCGAAUAUAUCAAGAAUUGGCGACCGCGCUACUUUCUGCUGAAGACAGACGGCUCUUUCAUUGGCUACAAGGACAAACCGCAGGACUCUGACCUGGCCUACCCGCUCAACAACUUCUCUGUAGCAAAAUGUCAGCUGAUGAAGACGGAGCGACCCAAGCCGAACACCUUCAUCAUCCGCUGUCUGCAGUGGACCACCGUCAUCGAGAGGACUUUUCACGUCGACACUCCUGAUGAGAGGGACGAAUGGGCCGAGGCCAUCCAGAUGGUAGCAGAGUCGCUGGCAAAGCAGGAGGAGGAGGGCAUCCUGUGCAGCCCCACGUCCCAGAUCGAGAACGUCAACGAGGAGGAGAUGGAUACCUCCAUCAGCCACUACAAACGAAAGACAAUGAAUGACUUUGACUAUCUGAAGCUUCUGGGCAAAGGCACUUUUGGAAAAGUCAUUCUGGUGAGGGAGAAGGCAAGUGGCACCUACUAUGCCAUGAAGAUCCUCAAGAAAGAAGUCAUUAUAGCCAAGGAUGAAGUGGCUCACACACUCACAGAAAGUAGGGUAUUAAAAAACACUCGGCAUCCAUUCCUAACUUCUCUGAAGUACUCGUUCCAGACCAAGGAUCGGCUGUGCUUUGUAAUGGAGUACGUCAACGGAGGAGAGCUGUUUUUCCACUUGUCAAGAGAAAGAGUGUUCUCGGAGGACCGCACCCGUUUCUACGGCGCUGAGAUCGUAUCUGCUUUAGACUACCUACAUUCUGCCAAGAUCGUCUACCGUGAUUUGAAGCUGGAGAACCUCAUGUUGGACAAAGAUGGCCACAUCAAGAUCACUGACUUUGGCCUCUGCAAAGAAGGCAUCACUGACACUGCCACAAUGAAGACCUUCUGUGGAACACCGGAGUAUCUGGCUCCUGAGGUGCUGGAGGACAACGACUAUGGGCGGGCAGUGGACUGGUGGGGUUUGGGCGUGGUGACGUAUGAGAUGAUGUGUGGCCGCCUGCCGUUCUACAACCAGGACCACGAGAAGCUGUUUGAGCUCAUUCUCAUGGAGGAGAUCAAGUUUCCACGAACCCUUUCAGCCGAUGCCAAGUCGCUGCUGUCAGGGCUGCUCAUCAAGGACCCCAACAAACGGCUCGGCGGUGGACCGGAUGACGCUAAGGAGAUCAUGCGGCACAGUUUCUUUGGCACAAUCGACUGGCAGGACGUCUACGACAAGAAGCUGGUCCCACCCUUCCAGCCUCAGGUCAGCUCAGAGACGGACACGCGCUACUUCGACGAAGAGUUCACAGCACAGACCAUCACCAUCACUCCACCGGAAAAGUAUGACGAGGACGGGAUGGACGCAGCGGACAACGAGCGAAGGCCUCAUUUCCCACAGUUCUCCUACUCAGCCAGUGGGCGGGAGUGAGCGCUCCGGCCCAGCCAGCCAGUAUCGUCCCCAUUCGUGGCCAUUUUGAGGAAAACACGUAGCCAUUUUAGGAAAAAAAAAAAUACCAGUCUCCCCUCUUUUUCUCCUUCUCUGCCUCCUCGCAGGUGGGGAGAAGUCUUUUUAGGGACUUUAAAAGAGGUUUUUGCACAGUGGGAUAGACUCCAGCCGGUCUGCCCACACUAAAAAAUAAGUCUCCUUCAUUUUCAGCGCUAUUUACUGCAGAAGGCAAUGUUUUUGUUAUUUAUUUUUUUCUCUCCGUCAGUAUUAAGUUGUCAACCCAGGUUGCGUUCAUCUUUUUGUUUGUUGUUUCUGCCCUUUUCUUCUACUUCUUUUUGACUUUUUGCACUUGGUUUGGAAGAGCCGUUUUAGGGAACAAAAAACCAAAAAUGUUGCCUUACGUGUGCAGAUGUUUCGUAUCAUACCGACAGGGUGUUUCUUUUGUUCUUUAGGGAGAGGGCGGGCGGGUUUCGGGUUGUGAAGGGUCAUUCAUAGUUGAGAAUAAGUGCAUGGCUCAUGAUUCACUAAUAACAAAAAAAAAAAAAAAUACAAAAAAAUCUUGCUCAUACAUUUGCCAUGGCAGCGCACAUUCCCCAGUCCCAUGGCAAUGAAAUCACAAUCUACAGGUUAAAAAUAAUAAAAAACAAACAAACAAAAAAAACUCAGACAGAAUAUGAGAUUGGACGAGUCUGUAUCAUUCCUUUCAUCGUUGCAGUGUGACUACGUUUUUCUUUAACCCAUUUAUGUUUUCUUGCGCUUUACUUUUAAGUUGUACUUUUAUUUUGAAACAGAAAACACUAAACUGCCAGAAACUGCACAGUUCACUCAGGCGCCACAGAGCACAACCGCGUUCAAACUCAGCUAACCGCUCCAGCUUUCCACAGCCGGCAGGGGAACGAGGCCUUUCUCUGCUUUCUCACCGCUUCUCCUCCUCGUCCUCAUCUCUUCUGUUUCCUCAUCGUAGCUGUAGGACUAGUGGAAUGGAUGUUUACACAGGGAGACGUGGCUUAAUGUAUGUAUGGAUGUAUGUGGGACAUGGGGGUCAACCUUAUGCUGUCAUAGCACACACACACACACACACACACACACACACACACACACACACACACACACACACUUACACUCACACAGGGAUCAGCAGAGUUCUCUAGAAUGAUCAGACUGAAGUCGGCAGUUUGCUCCAAACUCCAGAUUCUCAGAUUUGGUGUUUGUUUCUAUUUUUAACGACAGAUUUUGAAAUACUCAGUGCAACCUCAGGUGUGUGUGUGUGUGUGUGUGUGUUUAUCAGCGUGUGUCAGGUGAAGCUGCCAGUUAAACCCAGGCUGUAGAUUUCUGAAUUUCAAAUUUUUACAAAUGUGUCAGCGUCUUGAAUUAAGUCCUCCCCAGUUCACUCGAAGACUUUUCCAUUAGACUUUGUAUGAAUUUCAUCUCCCUAAUUGAUGCUGCGAUAAUCUGGAGCCCUCUGUUUAUUUAUUUAUUUAUUUGUUGCUCCAAACAUAAUCUAAUUUAAAACAGCCCAGUCUAAAACUGGAUGACACUCCAAAUCCCCGGAAAACUGAACAAGACGUGGCUCCCAGUAGUGCUCCCAGUGCUCCCAGUAGUAAAAGGAAAUCUGCAACAUUCAUUCAGACCCCUAGUUUCUCAGCCGCAGUACUGUAAGUGUGGGGGACAAGCUGCUGUUCCUCUGACGGAAAACUUAUUGGUUUUGGAAAUAUUUCUGGUGAAAGCAGUCACCAAGUCAUUCAGACACUAAAUUCGACCAAAAUGAAAUGGUCCUGUAGUUUCUACUCAGUUAUCUGUCCUUCUGAAAACAUCUGGUAUACAAGUGGCUUUUUGAGUUUGUAACAGAUGAUUCCAGAGUUUGUGUGACAUGGAUUUAAAGUUGUGUUUGGAAAGAAUGUUCUGAAAGUUGGAAGUAAACACUAAAAAUACAGCAGGGUGCAAAGCAGUUGGACCAGAGUAGCGGGUUUUUACGGAUCCUGCUAUAUGAGACUCGACCCACGAUCCCAAUGCAGCUCAGAACAUGUCGCUGGGGUCCUGUUACUCUGUAUUUUUGCAUUUUAGAUGAAAGUACGCUGAAAAGUUUGGGGUCACUUAGAAAUGUCAUACAUAGUUACACAAUAUGUCGGGCUUACUUUGCAUUACUGAACGUUCUCACAUAGAUACACCACUGUUCAAAAGUUUGGGGUCACUUAGAAAUCUUCUUUUUGAAACAGAAGCAGUUUUUUUUUUUCAAUGAAGAUAACAUUAAAUGAAUGAUAAAUCCAGUCUUGACAUUGUUAAUGUGGGAAAUGACUAUUCUAGCUGGAAAACAGCUGAUUUUUAAUGGAAUAUUUACAUAGGGGUACAGAGGAACAUUUCCAGCAACCAUCACUCCUGUGUUCUAAUGCUACAUUGUGUUAGCUGAUGGUGUUGAAAGGCUAAUUGAUGAUUAGAAAACCCUUGUGCAACUAUAUUAGCACAUGAAUAAAAGUGUGAGUUUUCAUGGAAAACAUGAAAUUGCCUGGAUGACCCAGUGACUUCUGAACAGUACUGUAUACCCACUGGUUCUGAGUUCAUCGGUUUGGGUCCAAAAUGUUCCACUUCUAUACCAGUAACACAGUCCGCUUAGCUGCAGCAGCUACCAGUCAUAGUAGUCCAUGCAGCACUCCCACAGACUUGGUGAGUCCUGCCCACUAAUGCCCUGAGAGCUGCACAGCUUUUCAAGAGGGACUCAAACCUUAAAAACCACUGACUCAUUGACAGGCACUUAAUCAGUGUUUAAAAACUAGAGAUUCAAACAUCCCAAUGCUGUGAAUUUGCUGUGCAGAUCAAUGGUAAAUGAAAUGAUUCUUUGUGGCUGCGAAUCGGCCAUUUGACCUGUGAAAACACAUCAAAUUCGAUUUGUUCCUGGAGAACACUGCCGACUUAAAAACCUUAGAGUUCCUACACAUGUAUGUCGGGAUUCAGAAUUGGGUGAUUGGCGGGUCCUAAUGGUUGUUUUCUGAUUCUCUGUCCUCCCAUACUGCUGAAGAACACUGUUCAUGUGUGGAGGUGAUGGAACGGGCCAGAGAAGUAUGACUGCAACAUAUCCAACAGUGGGGGAAAUGUUUUAUUUUGUUUUUUCUAAAGUUUGUGCAGCUGUGCAGGAACCCUGAGAGCAGAUAGUGCUCAGCUUGUCAGUGUUUUCAGUCUGAAUUAGGAGGGGAACAGAGGCUGUCUUUAGAUGAUAAAUCAUAAUGCAGAAAAUGGUAGUUUAUCACACAGACGCUAACAGAAACGAGGCUUCCAGUUCCAGAUGCAGGGGGUUCUGCCCCCCUUUAUCCUGUCAGUAUUAUGGGAGAACUGUAUUUCCACACACGUUUUUAAAUCGGAACUCUUGAAUAUCAACGAAUCACUAAUCAUGUCACAGAUCACGAGAAAACUGAGCCGUGAGACACUCAUGUAUGAAGACUGUGAGGACUGCCAGAAAAAAAGUCGAGUCGCCCCAAACUUCUUGAUGUAAAUAUGCAAUGCCUUUUCUUUUUCUUUUUGGUCUUCGCAGGCAAGACAAACUUUUUUUUUUUCUGUGUGACUGUACUUCAAGCUUGCUGAUGAGAAUAGUGACAGAAAAAAUACAUAACAACCACAAACAACUCAAAAACUGCAUUUAAGAAGAAAAUUAAAAACAAAGACUGGACCCUUCCACUGAUUUGUUUUUCUUCGUUUGUUUCCGGGUUGAUACCCCGACUUGACUCGCUAUCGUCCACGGAUGUUUCCAUGGAGACAAACCCCACCCCUGCCUUCCUUGCGUCACUGUGGUCCCUGAUCGGCGAUCGACUCCUGUAAAUUCUGUGAGGACAUGACUGUAACUGUGGAGUCUACACUGUCACCUCUGUUCCCCUUCACCCUCCUUAAAAAGAAAAAAUACUAAGAAUGGGACCAUGGCUGACAGUUUUUUUUUGUUUUUUUUUGCAGUGCUGGUUUCAUCAGGUUGUUCCAAUCCCAUCAUCCCUUGUUCGUCCAUCCCCCCUUUUUGUACCAUAGUGUUUGUUUUAUUUAUGUUUGUCAUUCUAGGCAGUGUUACCUUGUAUGUUGUUAAAAAAGGCACCUCAUGAAAGUCGCUGAAAGAUGAUGAUGAUGAUGAUGAUAAUGAUGGAUGCAUUAACUGAAGUCUCUUUUUAUUCUUUUUUUCUUUUUGGAUCAUUUGCUUGUUUGUUUUCUUACCAAAACAUUAGGGCAAGAACCCAGUAGUGGACUUGCAUUGCCGUGGUAGUAUUUAUUUUGAAUUAAAUUAAAAGAAAUACAUUUCAGGG